CGGUCACUGUUCGGGCGCGAAUGGUACGAGAGGACGAGAACGGUGCCAUUCGCCAUUAAUCCAGGCCAUUAAUCCAUGGCUUAAACCAUCAACCUUGCUCUGAUGAUAUGGUUGAGUUGGUUUAUGAGUUGAAGAAACAAAGUUUGAGACAAAAGGCGCCAGUGUAACGUUGGCCUAUACAUAGCUUCAAAAAUCAGCACUUCGCGGAGACUGUAAGCAGCAUCAUUUAGUUAUUGAUGUUGUAGCGUUAUUUUAGCGUACCACGUACCUCGGUAAUCGAUUUCUAUCAUCCAGAGCCUCUCUUAUCGAUCACCGUGACAUAGCAUCUUUUUCCUCCGACAUCAACAACAUAGCUGCGAAAAUCGGGAAAGACUUGUUCAUCUCGGAGCGGUACCUAUAGGCGUUGGCUAUAGCCAGCAGUUCGAAUCUCGAAGGUGUCAACAUGUCGUCAGGGGGUAAGCCGGAGUUCCACGUCACCGUUAUCAGCGAUAUUAUAUGACCAUGGGGGUGGGUCGCUAAGAAGAGACUGGAGCAAGCCGUGGAGCAACUCAAAGACAAAUUUGAGUUUCGCGUCCAAUGGGAGCCCUUUCUUCUGCGACCCAGUACCCCGUCAGAGGGCACACCCAGCCCUAAGUACCCGGAUGACAGUCCCAGGGUGAAGAUGUUAAAGGAUGCUGGGCACAGUGUUGGGAUAGAGUUCAGAAAGAGGCCGUCAAAGAUACCUAACACCUUGAAAGGCCACACCUUGUUACGAUACGCCAAGGAACUGGAAGGAGGGAAGUACCAGAACAGGGUGGCGGAGGAAAUCUAUAAGGCUUAUUUUACAGACGGAAUAUUCUUGGACACCGGAGCUCUGGUGGGUAUAGCUGGGCGCACAGGAUUGAACAAAGCGGAAGUGAAAGCUCUUCUGAGCGACAAGAACGCUAUUGAGGACACACACGAGAGGGCAAAGGACUGGUCCAGACAAGGAGUCUCCGGUGUGCCGUGUAUCUACAUGAACGGACAAAGGGUGUUUUCGGGGGCUCAGGACGUGGAUACAUUCAUCAAGGUCAUCGAGAAAGUGGCGGAGAAAUUCCCGCUACAGAGUUCAGCGUCUUUGUAAAAUUUUGAGAAGAUGACUUUUUUCCAACUUGCAAGCGUUGGGAAAUAAGAUUAGACAUACUCCCUGCAGCAGGUGAGCCGCUCUGUACGUUGUCACAUCCCUGUCACAAUUAUAACCUACAUAUAUAUGUAUUUUGUACAGAAAUCUUGACAAGGUCACUGACGUGAUGAGACAGGAAGCGAUGUCAAAAAAUACAAAAAUUCUACUUUAACCUUUUUUUCUUCUACCAGUACUCGAUACGCAUGUAUUCUCUUGUAUAAAGUGUACACAGCAUGAUUAUAAUGGGAACCGGAAACAAUUUUAUGGAUGGCUGCUCAUCAGUGGUAACGCUAAGCUACACACAGGGUCCUCAUCUCAAGCUUGUCUAGCGGUGGCAGUGAUGUAAAGCGAGCGUUGAGAGCGGCACAUGCUGUAAAAAGUAUGAAACUUGCAGCACAAACGAGAUGAUCGACUGCAUGUAGCUAUUUCAACAAUGUUGUGAAUGUGUAAAAUCUUCGAAAGAAGCCAAAUAAUUUGCAGAACAUAUGUAACAUAUGUUGUUGUUCUUAUGAAACCUUUUUCACAGAAAGCUCAAUGACGUCUUGCCUUUAAAUUGCCUCUCCAAGGUGACUGGUACAGACUGAGAAAUGAUGCUUUCUAAGAAUAAGGGAUCAUGAUGUCUUUAAAUCUGUCCAUGUGAUGUUAAUAUGGAUAGGAAUAUUGACACAAUUCGUGUUUCAAUUCAUGCGUGAUAUUGUUUUCAUAUCAAGUUUUGUAACUCUUUCUGUGAUUUAGUAAAUGUCUGUAAGUUACAAAAAUGUUACAUGAGUGUUAGCAAAGAUAGUUAAUAAAUCUUGAGCAACGCAAGUCAAUUUAAACUGAUGAAUGAAAUAACUGAUGUGAAGUUCAUUAGCUAUAAUAAAUUACGUAACUACGGGUAUGUACUUGUAUGUGCGCUUGUCUUGAUCUGUCUUGUAAAUGUGUUCUUUACUGAAUAGUUAUAUUAUUUCGUUAUGAAUACAAUGCGUUCAGUGUGUUAA